GGUUCGAUAUUUACGAAACUCGGCAAGUGCGAACCAAUGCGAACAGCUGAUUCUCAUUGAUGGAGUUAUACUUCUUGACAUAAAAACGAAAGAAAUGUUUAAUUAAUAUAUUUCAUCCAUUAAUAAGAAAGACGUUGAUAAGGAUGCCAGCUUGUUAACCUGUGAAUCUUAGAAGAUAAUGAUAGAAAGGUUAAGAAUGCUCUUUAGCAAAAACCUGCUUGCUAACGUGAUUCGAAAAAGGACGUACAAAAAAUUGGAUAUUCUAACAUUGCUAAUAUUAUUGAUAGUUGCCAUUCUUUAUGUGCAUUAUGUGCAUCAUACAAAGUGUCAACUCAACAAGCAGGAAGCAAAAAACGAAUCAAGAUUCAGGCUCGUAAUACUGAUACUCUCCAAUCCUGAUAACUUGGAGCGAAGGGCAGUUAUUAGGAAAACAUGGUUGUCUCAGAAAUACGCUACUGUCAAGCAUUUAUUUGUAAUAGGAACUUUAGAUAUAUUGCCAGAGCAAAGAGAAACACUGCAAUCCGAGAAACAUAAGUUCAAUGACUUACUUCUGUUACCAAGGUUACCAGAUUCUUAUGGGACCUUAACGCAAAAGAUUUUAUAUGCAUACAAGGAAGUCUAUGAGUAUUAUGAUUUUGAUUUCUUAAUGAAAUGUGAUGAUGAUUCAUUUGUUUUGGUACAUAAGAUUCUCAAGGAAUUAGACAAGUGGGAAAGUAAAGGAACAAGGAAGGAAUUGUAUUGGGGUUUCUUUAAUGGAAAAGCUCAAGUUAAGAGAAAUGGACCUUGGAAAGAAACAGAUUGGAUAUUGUGCGAUUAUUAUCUUCCUUAUGCACUUGGAGGUGGAUAUGUGUUGUCAUAUAAUUUAGUAAAAUUUAUUGCAUUGAACAUGGACAUUCUCAAAUUGCACAAAGCAGAAGAUGUAUCUGUUGGUCUUUGGCUAGCUCCAUUGGCAAACAUUGAGAGAAAACAUGAUGUGCGCUUUGACACAGAAUAUAGGUCACGUGGAUGUUCCAAUCAAUACAUAGUUACACACAAACGAACUAUUGCAAACAUGAAAAAUAUGUAUGAGUAUUACCAAGCAUCUAGAGCAUUGUGUACAAAAGAAACAAGAAAUCGCAUGAGCUAUCACUAUAAUUGGACUGUUCCACCUAGUCAAUGUUGCAAUGUGCAGCCAGGCAUUCCAUAGAAAGUAAAUGAGUUCUUAUAGACUCAGUAUUCUAGUCAUUACUUUUUUAAACGAUUACAUAUACUUAAAUAUUUAAUUAAUUGAGUUUGUUCGUAAGUAUUAUAAUGCUUCUUGCUAGAUAACACAAGAUUAUUAGAUCUUAAAAUUAUUUAUUUUAAAAUCGAAGUUUUAGCAAUUUAUACAAUAAUUGUAUCAAAAUCUUCAAUAUACAUUAGAACUCUUCUAUUAGAGUGCCGAACACUUACUGCUUGUAAAUAUAAUUUGUAUAUACACUUAAAUAGAAAUAAUUAAAUGUCUGUUUCUAGAAACCAAAUAUAUUUUUCUCACUUAUACAUA